AUGGCCCUAGUGCCGGCGCAGCUGCUGCCUGACGACAUCCUCGCUUGCGUCCUCGGCUGUCUCGCGCCGCGCAGCCUCGCCGCGUCCCGCUGCGUCUGCAAAGCCUGGUGCGCCGUCAUCGACGAGUACCGCCUGCUGCGGACGGACCUCUUCCCGCUCACGCUUCACGGGAUCUUCUUCAUGGAGGAGCUCUGCCCGGACCCCCCAAAGCUCUUUGCAAACCCAUUCACAAAGCACAGGAUCGGCGACGCAAGCCUUGGUUAUGUCGAGAACGACGAGGGCUCAUUUAUCCAGAAUCACUGCAACGGGCUUCUCUUGCUUUGGAACCACCUCGUGGUCAACCCGGCGACUCGGCAAUGGGUGCGUCUGCCUCCGCCCCCGCCUCGGUGCACCGGGAUGGAGGACUUCGGCAACGACGUGUGCCUUGUUUAUGACCCCACCGUAUCGCCGCACUACGAUGUGCUCCAUAUUCCUUGCGUCCCCUACGGUCUUCUUGAUUGCGCAACAACAAUAUUCACGGAGGAAUCCGAGUGGCCGCCCUCCGCCUACGCAAUACAAGUCUUCUCUUCAAUGACAUGGAGAUGGGAGGAGAGGUCGUUGGCCCGGAGAGGAGAGGCUGCAGGGACCAUCGCUGACAUGGAGCCAUAUAGGGAUUAUGAACACUGUUACGCCGUCUACUGGAAAGGAGCCAUCUAUGUGCAUUCAUUACUCGACUUGUUGUUGUGA